CCUUCUCUCUCUCGAAUGAUGCAGUUUUGAAGCCAUUUUAUCACCCUCCAGGCGUUGUGGACGCAGUUGUAGUGAAAUGAUCAUAAUUUUAUUUUGUGGCUAGCCCACUAGUUAGGCUAGUUUAACACAUUCAUUUCCCAUCGCUUCGGAAUUACGGAAAACCAUUAAUCAUGGAAGACGAGAAGGAUCGAAGAAAAAAGCUGGAGGAGCUUCGUAAGAAUUACCUUUCAAUUAUUGAUUCCAACAUAGAGGAACAAGUCAAGAAAGAAAUGCAUGAGGCUGCCAAAAAGCUUAAAGUUCUUCGAAAUAUUCUAGCAGAAAGCGUUGAGCUGCCAUCCAUGCAUUUCCUACUCAAGAGCGAGUUGAUUUUGCAAAAGUUGGAUAUCAGAAGGCGAGUGAAAAAUGAAGAUGCUGCAGCUGCUGACUCAACCACUAUGAAAGUUCAUGAUGAUGAUGAUAGCCGCAAAAUUAUGGAGAUGAAGAAAAUAGAUUCACGAUCGAAUAGUCUUGACAGUUGUCCCAGAAGCCCUAGCCCAGAAAGAGAGUCGGAGACCGUGUUUGGGGGAUCUCCAAAAUUGAUUCCAGCUGAGAGAAGAAGCUCGCUGCUCAGUCUUCCUUUGCCUGCCAUGGACGAUUCAAUUUCCGAUGACGAGAGCGCGAAUUCAGUGAGACAACCUCUACCACAGUCAAUAACCAAUAUCAUUUACGGAGUGAACUCGAGUGCGAGCACUUCGAGUUGGCAGACUGAAGAUGCAAACAAUUCCUUUGUGCCACCUGAUUACCAGGAGCCUUUGUCUCCGCCUAAUUUAGACAUUGAUCUCCUUUCUGAGGAGGAUGACAAUCUCACUAUUGAAGAAAAUAUUCCUAAACCGACUACAACAUUCAUAAAGUCGCAUGUGCCCCCUCCUCCUUUAAAACCACCACCUAGACCACCGGAUUUCCUGACGAUCGGAAUGAAAGAUCUGGCUUCAUUGGCUGAAAACGCAGUUCUUAUUGACCAGCCAAAAGUUCCUUUAGAGCAAAGCAAACCAGCAGAAACCUUCAUUCCAGGUAGGCAAGUGUCUCGAGCUCCUUGCAGCUUGUUGGCUGGCAAGACGGGGACGACAAAGGUUAUUCGACCGCCAUCAACUCGAGUGCCUCCAUCACCAGCUUACACAUUCUUCGACAUGUUCUCCGAGGAGCAGGCGUCUCCGAAAUACCAGUUCAAUCCUUCAAACAAGCCAAUGAGCAUUUGUCCCCCUUUGAACAGAACUGGCCCUGAAACAAACGCGAUGCCUUCACCAUCGCAGAUAAAUUUGCCGAAUUUCGCUCCUCCAUCAAAUUUAUAUCCUCCUCGCAUGAGUCAUCCCACUGAUCCUAGACUGCGAAACUCGUUCCCACCACCACCACCACCACCACCGCCCCCACCAUGUGCUAAAGAGGGUGGUUGGACGCCACCUCAUGGACAGAGGCAAUGGGCUGCCCACCCGAGAGAUCCGCGCACUCUUGCCCAGAGUAGAAAAAUGGCGGAGUUCCGAAGCCAGUCUGUUACAGACAAGCAUGGCAAUACGAUACCCACUACUUACCGAGAACACAGAGCAUGGAAGGCUGAACAGGAAAGGAGAGAGAUGCAAAUGAAGCAAGCAAGUUCCACGAGAGAGAUGACUUAUGCGGAAAGAAAGAAACAUGAAGCUGAUGAGAGAAGGAGAAGGGAGGCUGCCCAACGCCAGGAGGAGCACAAAAAUCAAGAGCGAGGAACGCAACGUCAGGAAGAUAAGUCGAGCCGUGACUUACUGCAGCGAAAAACAGACAUGGUCAAAAUCCGAAGUCUUUCCAAGCAAACGAGCCGGGUUCAAAUCAUAGAACCGCUUCCAGCUCCUCCUAGCGAAAUGAAGAAAUCACAAAAGAGAGCGAGCGACGAACGAAAGUCUUCCACUGAUUCUGAGUCGGGCAAUCUGAAGGAGAAAAACGUGGACAAAUCACUGGAGAAGAUGUCCCCUUUGAAUUCUCUGUACGGUGAAAUGCCUCAGCCUCGGAAAGGAAUAACCCGUAUUCCAAAGAUUCCUAAGAAACCUUCAGCCACGCGAUCAAGGAGGUCUCCAUCGCCACCGCCACCACCAAAGACUCCAACGCCAAGUCCGCCUACUAAUGAGGUUGACAUGGACAACAACUCCUCCAACAGCCCAAAAUCUCCAGCAGCUGAAGAAAGUGCAAACAAAGAAAAAGAAAAACCCGAGAGUGCUGGGGUUGUGUUAAGCGAAGACAUGUUGAAGGACAAAAUCAAGGCAAUUAUGCUGGCUGAGAAAAAAGAAACGCCAAGCACCAGCGAUAGCAGUAUGGUAUCAAGUCUCAUCAGUCCAGAAUAUCUGAAUCAACUUGUUAGAAGUGUGAUUCAAGAUGAGUUGUCUAAGUGCCUACCGUUACCGCUAGUCUCACCAGAUCAAAAUAAAGUUGCUGCUCAGACUGAUGAUACUAAAAAUUCACGUGCACAAGAAAAUAAAGAAGAAGUUUUUGCUGCUCAAACCAAUGAUAUUAAAAAUUCUCCUGCUCCAGAAAAGAAAGAAGAAGAAAUGAAGGAAGAGUUAGUUUUUGCUGCUGAGACCAGUGAUACUAAUAAUGCUGAUGCUCAGGAAAAUAAAGAAGAGGAAAAUGAGGAAGAGGAAAGCAAGGAAGAGGAUAGCAAUGAAGGAAAAACCAAGGAAGGAUCAAAUGAAGCAACGACGUCGUCUGUUGUUGAAGAAAGCGAGCCUGAAAAGAUGGAAGUGGACACAACCCCUGAAAUGGCAGAACCACAGCCUUCAGAGCCAAGCACAAAAGCGACAACAGAAAACUACGACUUGAAACAGGCAGUUGCUAACGAGUUGCGGAAACACCGAAUGCAUAAAAAGUCUGAGUUAGAUAAGUUGGCUGCUGACUUAAAGGACAGUUUCAUUAUUGAAGGCGUAAUCAAAGCAGUGGGACCCAGACAAAGAAACCCUGUGGAACGCUAUUCGGCGCCCUCAAAAGAAAAGUCAAAGCCAGUUGUGCAUGCACCUCCUGAAAAAGUAGUUGAAGAAGAAGAAAUUACUGCAGAGAAUAUCGAGAAAAUUAAACGGCUUGUUAUUCGGAUUGAGAAAUACAAAGUCCCGCCUGAAGAAUCUGAUGAUGAAUUUGAAAUUGUUGUUCCGUCUACACCACCGCCACCAAGACGAGCUGUUGCGAGAAGAGGAAAACGCUUUGGGCAGGCAUGCAGACCUACAAUUGCCAGCUCUGAUAGCAUUUUAUCAGGAGAUGAGAAUGCUUCAGACAUGACGUCAGAAGAUACCACAUUCUCCACGGACUUUCCUUCUCGUGGGAUGUCUCCUGGAAGACGAGGCCGUGGCGGUCGCUCUCGAGGAGGAAGAAGAGGACGAAAAAAUUUCUUUGAUGGCUACCGCUUGAAAGAAAACCCCACACUCAUCGAUCCGGAUUAUGUGCUGAUGCCUCAGGAGAUACAACCUUGUAAAAUUUGCGAAUACGAAGGCAAGAGACCGGUUGAGCACUACGUUAUAAAUCAUUCUGAAAGUGAAGUUCUCAUAUCUCGUCUCUCGAAUGAUGAGGUUGCACAGGCUACCCAGCAGCUCAAAUCGUACACUUCUUCAGUUUUCCAGUGCAGAUUUUGCCCCAUGACCAGUACCAGCCUGUUAGAGUUUCACGACCAUGUCACUGAGCACACAGGCGAGUACAGGUUCCAAUGCCCUAGGUGCAAUCUGAAGAAAUCUAAAAGAGAGACGAUGGUUUCGCACAUUCGUAGCAAGCACCAUGGAAAGGGAAUUCCGAUUUGCUUGGUGGAAAUUGAAAAGCAGCCUAAGAAUGACAAUUAUAUUGCGGGCUACGUGUGCGGCUACUGCAAUUAUGUGCAGUUCAACAGGGCGUCGGUCGUCAAACACAUAGAAUUGAAUCAUCAGAAAGAACCGCACAAUGUGCGCAUUUUUGGAAGAGAGGAAACUUUGGAGAUCAACAUGUCAAGAGUCCUAAGACAGGAAGCUGAUGAAGUCUUAGAGGAGAAGCCGAUAGCAGCAGUAGAUAAAGAGGAGGAGGCGGAAACUUCAGGAAAAAAGCCCGUAAGCAAAGAAGAAAUGGAAGUUGAUGUGGAUGGCGAGCAAGACCACUUCAUGGCUAUGUUGGAUGACCUCAUUCAAGACCAGCCAAGAGACAAGGCUUCUGGCAAAAGUCUUUUGGAGUCGAUCCGUAGAUCGAAAACAAAGCAGGGUGAAAGUGUAGAAGUAAAGAAAAUAGACAUCGGCAAUAUAACUUUACCAACAACUCCCCGCCCUGUUCGUGAACCCUCCCCUGAGUUGCCUGAAGAAGUGAUUAUGUCCGUGCAGGAUUCCGUUGAGCCAUCUAUUCAGGAAAAACAAGAAAACCGCAAGAGAGGCAGAAUAAUUGUAGGAAUUUGUUACGCAUGCGGCCACACGGAGGGCCACGACAUAAACAACCUCUUCCAGCACAUGAAAGACAAGCAUCCUCCUGACAAGAAGGGCAACUGUCCAGACUGUUCGAGACCGUUGAAUGGUACGGAUAAGGCCAUCAAGCACAUGAUUGAAGAGCACGUUCCUGUGGGAGUCCGAGAUGCAUUGCUAGACUUUUGGAAGCCCCAACCUGUUGGAAAAAAGAAAAACGUUAGCGUAGCAGAUAAAGAUGCUGCUGCUGCUGCUUCCAAAGAAGUUAAUGUGGACACGACGGUGCCAAUGGAGGACCAGCCCAAGUCUUUCCAGCAUGCGAGGACUGUAAAAAACAGUGCAGUGUACGCAAGCAUGCUGGAACCAGGGAGAUUGCAAAAAUUAUACAAGUGUAUGGCUAGAAACUGUUCAUUCAGCACUGUCAUGCCUGAGAAGCUUGUGAAGCACAUUGACAAACACAAGUCUUUAUCAGUUGGAAGAAUUAAAGACUGGCAGGAAUGUGUUUACUGCAUGGAGAAGUACGGAUCGGGACAGCAGCUUGUCGACCACAUACACCUCGAGCACAACAAGUUUGUUUUCCAGUGCUCUCUCUGCUUCUACAGAGGAGGAACUGUCAGCAGCAUUUCAGUGCAUCAAAAAUUAGCCCAUGUUGCGAAGGAAAAUCCAAAGAUUUUCAAGUGCCAGAAAGAGGAGCCAAAGGUCGACCAGCCUUCAUUUAACGGUGUGGUUGGAAAAUUCAUCUUGCCCUACAAAUGUUGUCAUGGUUCAUGCGACAGAUCCUUUUACAACACAGAAGAAUUUGAGCAACACCUCAAAGGUCACCCUAACGUUGAGCAUUAUCAAUGUCAUGAGUGCAAAUCCUCACACAAGGUUCCCACAGAAUUGACUGAGCAUUACAAAAUCCAUGACUACAAUCUCUAUCAUUGUCUACUCUGCAAGUUUGCAGCAUCGUCUGAAUUAUUGAUCAACAACCAUUUGUGCAAGCAUGCAAACUUUGCACCUUGUUUUGCCAUCAGAUCGUUACUGUGUUCCAGAAGCGACAAGAAUCCUUUAGCAGGCGCCCUGAGACAAAUGGAAGUGAAGAAUUGCACUCCCAUAUAUCAGCCACCCUUGGAAUCAGACACUAGCGAUUCCGAAGAGAGUGACGCGGAAGUAACUCCUGUCGCAGAGCCUGUGACGCCAAUCCCUCAAAAUACCAUUUUCUCCCGUACCCUGGACGCGAUGGACAAAGUAAAAAAGGCCUCACCAGAGUCUGCCUUCCCCCAUGCACAAACCGGCAUUGGAAAGUCAAUUAUUCCAGAAAAACCACCCCCAAUCGCUCAGCCUUUGCCCAAGAAGAAGGAAGUGCAGCCGAAACCUGCCGUAGCAGCCACACCGUCAAAAUCUACUGAGCCGCCUCCAAGCACUUCCACGCCUGGAGCCCCACCGCCAGUGACGCUGCCACUUUCAACCUUCUCCAGGGCGCAGGGCAUAGAGAGACCCUAUGGAAAUACCGAGGAAAAUUCAAGCCUGGUGAACUUGGAAGGACGCAAUCUAUUCAUUUGCUGUGGUUGCGACUUCACGGCAGACACUCGUUUGGAAUUCACUGAUCACUUGAGCAUGUGCAACUGCGCCUCUCUCUUCUGCGUUCACUGCAAGAAGCACUUCAGACAGGUUUCUCCGUUGGUUGAUCAUCUAAAUUCUGAGCACGGUCCACUUCGAUACCAUUGCGGUGCCUGCAAUGAUUACAAAGGCUCGAAUCUGAACGUGGUCAAGAAACACAUGCGGCAAGUUCACAACAUUAAUCAGGUGGUCACGAAGGCGUUGAAUCCACUGAAAUGCAACGAGGACGUGGACCACUUCCAAGUGAUUCCGAAAAUGAGCAUGCCCCAGCAAAAACCCAGCAAAGCGGAGUCUUCAAAAAGAUAUCGGCCGGAAGAUGAGGACCAGCUUCCAAUGAAACCCAUUUUCAUGGAUAAUGCGUUCUGUGCACUUUGUGACUUCAAAACAAGAGUUCGGUCGAACAUGACUCGCCACCUCAGAGAACACUCCGUACAGGGUGACCACGUGGGCACAACAACUAUUCCUAUCAAUCCAAUGCCCUGCCUGAAGAACAACGAGAAACACUUUGAUAAAAUGAACAACUGGGCCCAGAGUUCUCACUCCCUAACUGAACAGGCCCAGCCGAAUGCAGAGAAUCAGCCAAGUCUUGAUCUGCCUGAAGAAAUUUCCAGGUCGCUGCCAGUCAGAGUUACUGAUCAAGCGAGAUUUGCCUGUGGAGUACCAACCUGCAAUUACAAGGCGCUGGAUGGGGAGAUGCUGAAGCUGCACAUGACCAGGCUGCACGCCGACGCCGACGUAAUGGAGUGCAUUCAUUGCGUCUCUCAAGACUGGUUGACGGUGCGAGACAGGCCCCUGAUCGACAUGUGUUUGCACCACAUGACUCUUCAUGGACCGAAUUUAUUCAUGUGUCUCGCUUGUCGGCACUUGGAUGCAACCAGAAUACUCAUCAGCAAACACACACUGGAGGAGCACGAGGUGGAAAACCAUUUUCAAGUAAUACGAGAGGAAAAACUGGAGGAAGUACGACGCAGCUGGUGCUGCUCUGAAUGCAGACAAAUGAGAUACACGUUUGACGACAUAAAACUUCAUUGCGCAAACAUGCAUAUGGUUGAUAGCCAAUAUAAGUGCAGCCUAUGCAGUCACCGGUCAGACAGCCUGUCAGAAAUUAGAGAUGAGCACUACCCAAAAGAUCACACUGGGAAGCCGCCCCAAGUGUUAGCUUCUUUCUAUCAAAUCGGCACAAACCUACCUGGAGUAACGGUUGGAGUUCCUACAACCGCGCCUACAGAUCCUGGCCGACAUAUCCGAAUGAUUCGCGUCGAGGAAGUUGCAGCCCCAAAGAAGCAGUCUCCUGAGAAAAAGCGGCCUCAGAGGAAGAGUGUGGAUGAGGGGAAACAAAAGAUCGAGGUCUUCAUUCCUGAUCCAAUAGGCUCAUUUCACAUCUGCCCCUAUUGUGCUGUUUUCAAACACAGGCAAGGGAGCGUCAUGGAAGAGCACAUUUUCAAACAUUUCACCCACAAAAAGUAUGUUUGUAAGCAGUGUGAGAUCAGUGUUUAUUCCAAGCCCUCUCUGCUGUUGCACAUGCAAAAAAUGCACAACAUACGUAUUGAAAACGCUGGUGCACAUCUUUUAGUACGUGUUUGGCCUGAGUUAGAAAAUUGGGCAAAACGUGUUGUGCGAACGCAAAAAGACAAGAUGCCCAAGGAGAAUCAGCGAUCUUUAGCACAGAUGGCUACUGCAUCUUUGCCCAGUACAUCUGCUCCAAGUAGUGUGCGUGACUAUUCAAAUGAUAUUGUCAUGGAUUUCAGUGACCCUGAUGACAGUCAAAUGCGAUCGCUUGGCAAAUUAAAUGAAGCAUCCAGUGUGAGGAAAAGUUGUGCAAUGAAAGUUGGUAACAACAUAUGUAAGCACUGCCAAGAGUCAUUCAAAACUUUGAUGGCCAUGAAGAUGCACAUAAAGUUCCAUCACUUCAAAUGUGGAAAAUUCAUAUGUGCUCACUGUUCCGUGACUUCAAAUACUGAACCUUCAAUCAUCAAACACAGCCAGAAAAAGCAUGCAGGGAAAGAAGCGGUGGCACUUUUGAAUGAAGAGGUCAACACGAUGGACUUUUCCGAGCAGUUUUGGCGCGACAAUUAUGGCAUUGAAGUAGCUGGUAAUUGGAAAAACACCACCGAGGGGGCGGCUGAUGCUCCAACUCCAAUUCCGCUCAACUGUGAACACUGUUCCUUCAAGACCGUGCAUUCUGCAUCCCUGAAAAGGCAUGCAGCAACCCACAAGGUUACAUACAGUUGUGGUAUUUGCGACGACUUUGAGACUGAACAACGCUCUCAAUUAGAUGAGCACUCUCAGAAUUUCCAUCAAAACGAAGAGCCUAUUUGCGUACCCAACGUUGUACCAGCGAAAAAGCAGAAAUUAGAAAAGAUUCGUCCUGAUAUACCCACAUCCAUUGAACCUCCUGCCGAGAGACCCUCGAGCGUUCGUUCCAACUCUUCAAUGGAUUCGUUUAGUGAAGCACCAACUAGCUUUGCGACUAAGAAUAUGUACAACUGUGCAAGCUGCAGUGUCAGUGAGGAUCGGUUGAAAAAACUGUUGGCCCACUGGGAAGCUGUGCACAAAACCAGCAACAAAGACAAAUUCAAGUACACGACCUCGCAAGUGUCGUCAGGAAAGCAGUGCAGCCAUUGCCAAAUGCUGGUUACCUCCGAGAAGCUGAUGCAAGAGCACUUCAAGGAGCACCAUCCUGAAUAUGUGUCCAUCACGUUUUCUAUUUACUUGUGCAAAUCCUGCCCGCACCGUACUGAUCUGCAUCCAGAGAUAUUGUCGCACGUCUCGAAACACGCACAAACUUCGCCCGAGUCUUCCGGCUUUUACAUAGAAAAUCGCGUUGUCAACAGCAAGAAAACGUGGUUUUGUUGUGUUUAUUGUCAUCGAUUUGAAUCAUUCAACGAAGAAAAGAUGAUUGCUCACUGCAGAGCGGAGCACGUUGAUCUGCCAGCCAAGUUUGUCGUUCUCACAAACACCUCGCAGCGAAUUGUGCGUGAAGUGGGGAGAGAGGAUCAGGCUAGCGGCUCCUUGACCGUCAAAGCAGUUCACCCGCACAUUAAAAAUGACGAGCCUCCCGUUGUCAAAAACGAAGAAGCACCUCCGAUCAAAACUGAUGAGCACCCUACGGACUCUCCUAGUCCGUCGUCGAGUGUCGGUAGUUUUAACUCUCGCAGACAAUACAUGUGUCCUACCUGCACUGUCAAAACUAAAACUUUGAAGGGAAUGGAUGAGCAUAUCAGACAGGUCCACGCUCGUCUCAUCUGCACUGAUUGCAAACAGAUCCUGAUAAACGACAUUGCAUCGAAAAUGCAUUUCCUUGUUGAGCACCGUGAGCCUGGAUCCACAACUCAAAUGCAGAACAUCAUCAAGUACGAGAGGGACAUUACUGAAUUAAUGCAGCGAGUGAAAAGAGAGGGCGAUGAGGUUGCCGCACCACCUUCUCCUAUUCCGUUGAAGAAGGAAAAUCUUUUGGUUAAGCCAGAAGUGAAUGACUCUGAAAUGUACAUUGAUUAAUUUUAUAUUAGUUUUUUCACUAUUUGCAGCUCGCAAGCGAGUUACGCUGAUUGCAUGUCCGCCAAAAAAAACCUUGAGCAUGAUGCUUUCAUUUAUUAUUACAACUGCUGAUGUUCAGUUGGUUAAUUAAAUUGAAGCUCAGCCGCUAUUUUUUAA